CACUGAUGUCUCUCUCAGCGUGGACGCAACGUCACGUCCGCACUUGAAUCUGAAGUCUUAUCCCAUUCUACGGAGGCAAUCCCAGCCACACACACACGCGGGAUUCUCCCAAAGCGACAGGACAGACUCGUCACUGUGAAAGGAGAAAGAGACAUCAGGAAACAUUGGACCUCGGCUGUUUGGAAGGAGAAAAAUAGGAGGUGUCUGACUGGCUGGCUGUUAGUCUGUCUCCGUCUCCCUCUGUCAACUCCUAGAGCGGAGAGUUCUGUGCCAUUCCUUUCGCUACUCGCACCGCGAGGACUGAAUGGUGUCAAAGCUCACAGCACCUGGCAGACCCAACACCGGUGGAAUUUUUGGGGUUCAGUUAUUGAAUUAAUAGGACAUUUGUUGUAAUUCUGCAAGAAAAUAACAGAGGAGAAGAGGUGACAGUUGAAUCGAAUAUUGGCCCAUCGAGCGAAGAGUGGCAUGCACGGUAGGCUACCCCAGUAGUGAACGCAGAGGGCAGAGGGCACCUCGUCGGAAUUCAAAUUGUUUUUAUUCUCUGCAAUUAUUGCAAUAAUUCCGUUGAGGUUAUUGACACAAAAUAACCGAACAGAAAUAUUUGCAUGAACCUGCAUGUGUCUGAUGUAACUCCAACAGUUUAACCCCUCCAGGUGUUGCGCUUAGGGUGAAAUAAUUCUGCGAGGACUGGACAGUUGACAAACGUUUUACCCGCCUUUCAACAACUACAAUAAAAAAAAAACACUUGGCUCUUUUUCACUUACUGUAGCUUCAUGUUAGUCGUCUCAAUUGGAAGCACUUUGAAAAAGUUACCGGGCACUAGACCAGCGGAGCACCACGGAGCAAGCCGAACCCACGCGCAGUUUUCCGGGCGAUGCCAGAGUAGAUGCAGGGGCAAUGUCCCGUCGCAAGCAGGAGAACCCUCAGCACCUACCACUGUCUCAAAGAGAAACAAUACGACCCGAGGCCAAUCUUGAGUCGGGGGUGGGAACUCGCCCCCCGGAGCCAUCCACUCCCAGCCUCACUCCCACUCUGAGAAGGGCAGGGCCAGGGGAGCAUGACCUCCUGACCUGUGGGAGGUGCCAGACCAACUUCCUCCUGGGAGACAUCCUGGUCUUCAUAGAACACAAAAGGAGACUGUGCAGUGGAGGAGUCCGCGCCCCUGGGGGGUUCUCCAAACCGGGCCAGAGGGGGACCCCCAUCUUGGCACGAGGAGGGGCGGUGCCAGUGGAGGUGGGGGUGCAGGUGACCCCACAUGGGGAUGAAGAAGAGGAGAGGAGGCUGACGCCCGCUAAAGGAAUCUGUCCCAAGCAGGAAAGAGGGGGCACAGGUAAAGAUGAGCCAUCCAGCUACAUCUGCACCUCCUGUAAACAGACCUUCACCAGCGCCUGGUUCCUGCUCCAGCACGCCCAACACACACAUGGCAUUAGAAUCUACCUGGACACACACCCCUCCAACUACACCCUCACCCCUCGCAUGGCCCUCCCCCCUCCCAUGGGUGGGGGAGACUCCCUGCCCCGUUCUCCCUUACCAACGUUUCUAGGGGACACCUCCAACCCCUUUCACCUCCUCCGGAUGGCGGCUCCACUACUCAGGGAGUAUCACCGACCCCACCACCACCACCCCCACCCCCAUCCACCUCCGGCGUAUCUUGACACCCGGCUCCCCGCCACCCCACCCUUCGUCAGCCCCCCGCCCCCCAGACAUCCCCUUGAACGCCUGGGUCCAGAGGAGAUGGGGUCCCUGCUCUCCCAGCACCCCAGUGCCUUCGAGAGGGUGAUGCGUCUGACCCCAAUGGAACCUCCUUCCAUGGACUUUUCCAGAAGGCUCAGAGAGCUGGCGGUUGGCAACAAUAGUAACAACGGAGGCCCCACACCCCCUCUCUCGCCCACCCGGGUGCCCCCCAUGCACCGCCUGCUGAGUCCAACCCUCUUCCAGCCAGGCUCCAAGCACCCACCGUUCCUCACCUACCCCCCACAGCCCCCAACGCCUCAGGGAGACCCAUCCACUACUCCCCAGGGCCAGAACCAAGCCCAGGUCCAGGCCCAAGCCAAGUCCAAGUCCUGUGAGUUCUGUGGGAAGACCUUCAAGUUCCAGAGCAACCUGAUAGUCCACAGACGGAGUCACACAGGAGAGAGGCCCUACAAAUGUCAUCUGUGUGCCCAUGCCUGUUCUCAAGCCUCCAAGCUGAAGAGACACAUGAAGACACACAUACACAAGUCAGGCUCCAUGGGGAGCUCCCCUGAACAGGGGAACAGAGGAGAGGGAGGAGAGGGGGAGGGGAAGAGCAGAGAGGGGGAGGGAAAAAUGGGGAUGGACAACGAGGAGGAGGAAGAGGAGGAGGAAGAGGAAGAAGAGGAGGAUGAAAUGGAGGAUGAGGAGGAGAUGAGGAACGGCCUAAGUAGGCCUGAGUCUAACCUGACCAUGGACUCAGAGUUCCACAGGAACAUGGAAAACGGGUUGAGGCCUUCCCCAGACGAGAAGCCUCAUGGUGGGGAUAGAGUGAUGGAGAACGGAGGGGUGGGUAUCAUGCACCCAUAUAACCACCUGGACAAUCACCUGAGACUGGCCCCUUCCAAGCGGACCAUGAGUCUGGACAGGGAGAGGCAUCCUAAUGGAGAGUCGGGAGAAGGAGGAGAUGCUGGGAGGGGGGAGAUGGAGAGAGAGAGGGACAGAGAGCGAGCGAUGGACAGAGCGAUGGACAGAGAGAGAGAAAGUGGAAGAGAGGAGAGGCCCUUGAUGAACGGAAGGAUUAGUGGGUCAGAAGACUCCUUCACUGGUCUGUUCCACCGCCGGCCCACCCCCAUCACCUGCCCCAACCCCUCCAACAAGAGAAUCAAGGUGGAGAAGGAGUUGGAGCUCCCUCCAGCGCCGACCCUCAUCUCCCCAGAGAACAUGUACUCCCAGCUCCUGGCGGGCUACGCAGCUUCACGCCACUUCAUCAGAGAACCCUUCCUCCACGGCUUCAGUGACACACACCAGUCCCCCUUCGCCACCUCCUCAGAGCACUCCUCCUCCGAGACGGGUUCCCUCCGCUUUUCCACCCCUCCUGGGGAGUUCCUGGAGGGCAGCUCCACCCCUCACCUCCUGCGGGGUCCCGGACCGGGUCGACCCCCUAGUAAGGAGAGCCGACGGAGCGACACCUGUGAGUACUGCGGGAAGAUAUUCAAGAACUGCAGCAACCUGACGGUGCACCGACGUAGCCACACGGGAGAGAGGCCCUACAAGUGUGACCUGUGCAGCUACGCCUGCGCACAGAGCUCCAAGCUAACUCGCCACAUGAAGACCCACGGGCAGUUUGGGAAGGAGGUGUACCGCUGUGACAUCUGCCACAUGCCCUUCAGCGUCUACAGCACCCUGGAGAAACACAUGAAGAAGUGGCACGGGGAACACUUGAUGGCCAGCGACGUCAAACUGGAGGAGGCUGAGAGAGGCUAGGUUACGCUAGGCUAAAGCUUAAGGCUACAGGCUAGGCUAGGCUAACACAACAGACUCCUUCUGAAUGAACACUUACAGGACUUCAACACGGGGUUUGGCUGGAUAAUCUUUGUCCUCUUGAAUAUUUUGGGACAAUUUGAUGUAUGUUAUUCUGUUUUUGUUGGUUGUAUUUGUCACAGAAACUGCCACCUGAGAAACAUAAACAAAGGGAAACAUGGAAUGGGGGAUUGUUCUAGAAACGCUUUGUUUCCCGCCAACUAUUGAUCUAUCUGAGGAUUUUAUCAUUUAGGAAUCCCUGGAGCUUUUCUACUGUGCAAUAAUGUCUGUAUUUAUUGGAGUUUUGUAAAGAUGUUGGGCAUGCGCAGUAAAACAAAAUCCAUAACUGGAAACAGGUCACACUUGAUUAGAAAUAUGAUUUGAAUUGUUACCUGACUAAAUUAAUGCGAAGAGGUCAACUUCUAAAAAUUAUGAUAGCAAUUAUUUAUUUUUAAACUGUCUCAUUGUUACCCUUUUAGGUCAACAGCGGACUACAAUCCAUCUGCUUGUAUGUGACAUAGAGCACUGAAUGUCAAUAUGACAAUAAAAUAUUAAUUAUCAUUUUAGAAUAAAAUUUUAAAAAUCUGAAGAGGUUACAGACAAUUUUAUACAAACAAAAUGAUACUUUUUUUAUAGAUAUCAGCAUGUGUUAUACAAUGUCUAAAUGCAAUUAUCAUAAUGAUGUAAUCCAGCCGUAUGUUCCCAAUAUGAGCAGGGGAUGUAAAUAGCAGCUGCACACAUUGACUAGCAUUCCUUAGAUGCGGGAUUAAAUCGCCAUAGGAUAUUUAACAUACAUCAGCUAAUUUACUGUAGCAACUGUGAAAUGGAGAACAGUUAUACGUUUAUUUGUGGAUGUUUUGGGAGGCCCUUUUUUUACUCUUCAAACACCAUCUAAAUAUUUGUUUUUCUUCGAUCUAUAAUACCAGCCCUGUAUUUUACAUCCAGAAUGGCCACUAUAAACCAAUCAAAAGACUAGCUGCUUGAGUUGUCUACGUACUGAAUAAUAUAGCUACAUUUUUUUAUUUUACCAGAUGAUUGCAAUACAGGUCCUCUCAAUAGUGCUUCCUUCCUAUGGUCAUACUGUUUACAUUUGAACAACAUAGUGGCAAGGUCGUUACUCCCUCUUGACACUUGCUGAAGCUUAAUCAAAGGCAAUCAGUGAAGUUAAACUUUUAAACAUUCUACAUCGUACAGUACAUUCCACUUCUAGAAUCCUUCCAUUGUUCCGUCUGGGGGGAUUCCAGAACAGUAAUGUUCCGUUUGACCUGGGUGAGUUCUUAUCCCCUCAGGAUUCAGUAAAACCAGUAUCAAAAUGUAUUUCAUAUCAAUGCCUGUGUUUCUCCACUGUGUGCUCUAAGCCACAAUCCGCCUGCCUGCUUUCACACUUCACUAACUCAACACUCAUGUAUUAGUAGAGCAGCUGUGAAAGGAAAAGGUAGAGGUUGUUAAUGUUGCUUCUCAAAGUGAUAUGGGGGUUUAACGCCCAAUAACAGAUUUACAAUUUGGGAUUUUAAGCUGUGAGGAAUGAGGAUGUCUCAUCCUGGGAACAGUCUAAAAAAAGGCUUUUGAGUUACAUUGAAUUAUGUUAAUAAUGUCCAGCACAGCUGUUAGGAUGAUGGCCACACGACCUUGAGAUCUGAUUGGAUCAUUCUUGAGGUAGAACAAGGAAGACUGAAAUAGAGAUGAGAGAGAGGGAGAGAGAGAGGGAAAGAAAGAAAGAGAGAAAUAGAGGGAACGAGAGAGAGAGAGAGAUCCGCGCAAGGAUGAAAGUAAUUCAAACAAAAUGUAAGGCAUAUGAAAAGUGUUUUUAACCCCAAAUGCAUAUCUGCUUGUCAAAUCUAAUACCAGUGACAUCAGAGAGAGAGAAAGGACCAAUAUUAGGGAAGAUUUAGGCCACAUCAAUCAGAAUAAUGUUUACAGUGUUUGAAGUACGUUAAUGAUGAAAUCCUCUGUGUUUUAAAAAUAACAAAGUAUUCUUUUCUUCAAUGUUUUGAAUGCCAUAGCGAGCAGUUUUCUAUGAUUAUCAUGGUGGAGGGAUUUUAAAAUAGAUUCUUAUGACUAGUUAUAAGUAUAAUUUCUUGCUCGCUGUAUAACAAUACCCAGUGUAUUAUAUUGAUAAAUGAUGCAGCAUUUUGUUUUUUAAGUGGUGCCAACAUUAUGUUAUAACCUAUUUUCACAGUCUGAAUCCAAUUGUGAGUCUAUUCAAACGGUGUUGAUUUUUGUCGAUGUUUAAAAUAGUUUUUUGUUUUGUUGGUAAAGCUAUCCUAAAAUGUAUAUUAAAAAUUACAAUAACAAAAAUUUUGAAAAUGUUUUGAAGUCAUCCAGAACAUCAGAGGAAUUUUGAGACUGGGAUUUUACAAUGGGUUCUGGGAGAAAUGCUUUUCAUAAAACGUAUAUUAGGAGACAUUCCUGGUUGGUAGAAGUUCUUGUGAUGGCACUUCACGUGACAUUUUAACACAUUUUCAACUUUCACGACUUUUGCUCUUUGUAAAAAAAAAUAUUUUUCUUGUUUUUUUGAUGGACUGCAUUAUUGUUUCAAAGCAGCAGUAACGUUACAAAUCAGCUGUUUUAAAUAUAUAUGUAUUUUUGUAAUGUGCUGAAAAGAAAGUCACCAAGUCCAAUAAAAGUUUCAUUUGCCCUAUC